UGUUAAGAAAGUGGCGCAAAAAUAGUAGACCAAAAUCAUGGGCAGUAUAAUGGAGGCGUGUUGCACUGGCUUUAUAUGCAGGCUGUGCUCGAAGAUGAAUCGUAUGGUGAUUUUCAUCUACGGAGCCGAUGGGCUUGAGUACAACUUACUGCAGAAAAUCAACAGCUAUCUUCCGAUAGAGAUCAACGAAGAGGACGAACUACCGAAAACAAUCUGUGAAGCAUGCCUGGACAAAAUCCUGCUGCAUCAUCGACUGAUCGAACAGAUCCAAUCGGCGCAAAAACGAUUCGUAAAGCUGCGUGACGAAGAGCAGGCACGAAACUCUACCGCUGCCGAGUCAGCGGCAAGCUCCAGGACAUUGUCGGCCGAAUCCACAGCAAGCUCUCGGACCAUGUCCGUUGAUUCUACCGAUGCCGUGGACGAACCUGCCGAAACGUUGCAGGAAACACCCGACGUGCCCAACAACGAAACGACGGAAAAUAGUGCUACUGUCGCCGAGCCUCCAAGCGUACGGGUACAGGAGGAUGCACAGACUAACGAGAGUGUCAGUAGCCAAGAGCCACAGGAAGCAGCUACAACCAGUAGUGGUGGUAGUGCAACGGAAACAGUAGCCCCCCCAGAGCCUAGCACAACGAAUCGAGAACAGAACGAACCGGGUUCAUCAUCGACAGCAAAACCUUCACCGAAUCGCUUGAAACGUAAGCAGCCAAAUCCGUCUCAUUCGUCGAAAGUGGCUAGGAAACGGUUAGGUUAGGGAAGUACGAUCUACCAUAGCGCUAAGAUUCGUCCGACU